CUUUUUCCUCUUCUCACCCUGAGUUACCUUCUGGGAUUCUGGAGUUGAGCACAUGGGGACUCCAAAUGAUCAGGCAGUGUUGCAGGCCAUCUUCAACCCUGACACCCCAUUUGGAGACAUUGUUGGGUUAGACCUGGGAGAGGAAGCAGAGAAGGAAGAAGAUGAAGACGGAGUUUUCCCUCAAGCACAAUUGGAGCAGUCCACGGCCCUGGAGCUGCAGGGGGUGAUGGCAGCAGAAGCUGGGGACCUCAGCACAGCCCUGGAGAGGUUUGGUCAAGCCAUCUGCUUGCUGCCUGAGAGGGCCUCAGCCUACAACAACCGAGCCCAGGCCCGAAGACUCCAGGGAGAUGUGGCGGGCGCCCUGGAGGACCUGGAGCGCGCAGUGGUGCUGAGCGGCGGGGACUUCGAGCGAGCGGCGCGGCUGGGCAGCCCCUUCGCGCGGCGCCAGCUGGUGCUGCUCAACCCCUACGCCGCGCUGUGCAAUCGCAUGCUGGCCGACAUGAUGGGGCAGCUGCGCGCCCCCAGCAACGGGCGCUGA